GAAGAGGACAUGGCUUUGCUGCAGACUGGUGGGCCUUGGGUGUUUUAAUCUAUUUCAUGCUUCAAGCUGAAAUGCCAUUUGGCUCAUGGAGAGAAGGUGAACUAGAGACAUUUGCAAAGAUUGCCAAGGGACAUCUUACCUUACCUCAGUCCUUCAGCAUAGAAGUGGUUGACCUUAUCACCAAGUUACUCGAAGUUGAUGAAGCUGCACGACUGGGAAGCCAGGGUCCAGAUUCGAUAAGAAGUCAUUCAUGGUUUGAGGGCUUCGACUGGGAAUCAAUUGCUGAUGGCAGUUUUCCUGUUCCAGCUGAAGUCAUUUCUCGCGUAGAUAUGCAUGUCGAAAAUCAUGCAGAAGAUACUGCACUCGCCAUCUCCUCUCCCUCUAAAGAUCUAGCUGUUCUUGACACCCCAGAAUGGCUCGAGGACUGGUAAAAUUUUCGCCAGGUUUUGGCACAAUGCGGAUCUUCUUCCAGUCAGUUUCAUCACGCCUGAUUUCAAAUCCAUUGGCAUCAGCAGAACACGUCCUCUUCGCCGUAGUGAAUUAUUUUGCAUGUUGUUAGCAUCAAGCCUUUAGAGGCAGUGAAUUCUUUUUUGGCUGUAAAGUUUUGCUAGCAUUUCACAUCCCAAUCUCCACCUUUGGAACCAGAGUUCACGAGACCCAAUGUUACACACUGGUCUUACAUAAAUCUUCAGAGUGAUUCAUAACGGAGGAGUUGUUUUAUUAUUUUCUAUUACACUGACUUCAGUUCUUAACAUAUAUAAAUAUUCAUAUACAAUAUUUUCGUUGCAUUUAAGGUCGA